ACAUCUUGUCAGCCUUUUGGGUUGCUGAUUAACAUGCUUGAAAGGCACUUGAAAAGCUCUGUACCUCAAUGAGGGCCGUAUUGGCAGCAGUCUUCGAGAUGAAUGCUGAGAGUCAAAAUUGAUCUUGCACCUGCCUUGCCUGCUUCAUUGACCUAAACCCGUUGGUUGGGGCCCGGAAAAGGCAAGAGCGACGCAACACCCUGAAGAUUGCUGUCGCAGCUUCCCAAACGACAACCAGUGGAAACGAGCGGGGUCGGCCUCGUUGGUGAAGACGACGAUGGCUUUUCUUAUCUCUUUCUUCUGUGACUAACUCCCUUCAGUGUUCGCGAUGGGCAUCAACGGCCAGCGAUGAGCUUCAUCCAGCCUAUCUUAACAGACAUGCUUAUGCGGUGAUUACCUAUCAAUUCAUUUCAAAAACUCAAUCUGUUAGUUUUCGUUUCUAGCUCACGUGGUGAAGGCCCUGGGGAAGCCUAGUACUCGUGACCAUGCCUAUUGCUCCACUGCCUCAGGACGCCGUCCGCCUACUACGUGCCCAUGUGGUAAUCAGUACGCCCGUCUCCGUCGUCAAAGAGCUGUUGGACAACUCAAUCGAUGCCAAAGCCACCAGUAUCGAGGUGCUUGUCUCACGCAAUACGGUAGACAGGAUCGAAGUCCGGGACAAUGGAGUAGGGAUCGAAACUCGGGACUUUGAGGCACUAGGGCGCCGUGGUCACACGAGCAAGUUGAAGUCAGCCGACGAGCUGGAAAACAUUGGCGGUACUUCUCUUGGGUUUCGUGGCGAGGCUCUUGCGGCCGUGGCUGCCGUCGCAAAGGUUACGGUCACUACAAGGACGGCGGCAGACGAUACGGCGACUGUCUUUGACUUGCUUGCAAAUGGCAAAGGCACCCUCAAGAACACCAUCAAGUCUACGCCAGUAGGGACAACAGUCACAGCCUCCGAAAUGUUCGAGCGUUUGCCAGUGCGGAAAAAGGUAGCGAUCAAAGAGGCAAAAUCAACCAUGGUCAAGAUGAAGCAGCUUCUCACGGCCUAUGCGCUGGCUAGGCCGCAGCUGAAGUUGUCCAUCAAAGAGAUAGGAGUGGCCCAUCCAUGCUUGUCGUACUCACCGCGGCUUUAUGCAACAAUGAAGGCAGCCGCGGCAUGUCUGUUUGGCUCGGACCUCGUUGCACAGUGCGUUGAGAUGACUCAUAAAGCGGACGCUUCGACAAGACGUAGAAACCUCGCCGAUGGUGUUGUUAGUGAGCCUCCGGAUCAAUGUGGGGGCUACAUUAAGAUUGAUGCCCUUGUUCCUGUUCCAGGUAUUGUCCCAGUCAAGAUCUCGAACAAAGGCGCUUUCUUCUCUGUGGAUUCUCGACCAGUGUCCGCCUCAAGAACAGUGUUCAAGAAGAUCUACAGUCGCUUCAAAAAGUGCAUUUCCAAGUCACUCGAGGCGUCGGAUGACGGAAAGCAAGCCAAAGAACCCUUCAUUGCACUAAACAUCAAGUGUCCUCAAGGAAGCUAUGACGUGAGCAUCGGGCCUGCAAAAGACGAUGUGCUUUUUACUGACGAACAAGGUAUCAUUGAUGCGUGUGAUGCUCUGUUUGAGAAUACAUAUGGGCUUUCUGCUCUGCAGGGUGAGACCCAGAGAUCCAGCAAUAUGAGUCUGGUCAAUUCAGUCAACUCAGGGGAACAUAUGCAAAAUCUCGGCAUUCUUUCCAAGAAUGGUUCGGAAAAAGCCGGGGGCAUCGACUUCUCACCCAGUCCCAAUCGACCAGCUGAUGCGUCUCCCCAGGAACCUGCUUCUGAUUAUACCAUUUUUGACCAUGUUACGUAUGUCAACAAUCCUCCUAACAACCAAACAACAUCAAGAGAUGGACAGUGGAGUGUCAGAAUGAUGGGUGGUGAGAGCAGCGAAGAUGAGGACUCACUUCCAACACGAAAACAGCCUGAAAAACAGGGAAGUGAUACCAUCGAGUUGUGUGCUCAAUCGGACCCAACACUUCCGACCCCACUACAUGAGGAGGAAGAGGUUGCGCGGCCGCUGGAUGGUGUCAAUCCUUGGAUGCUUGCAAAAUUGAACGCUGCUAUCAAACAGGCAAAUGGAUCUCGCCCAGUGCCUGUUGCUCCACAACUCACCACAGCCACAGUGACAUCUCACACAUCGUUGCGCGAAUCUCAGGUACCGCGUCCGGAGCUUGCCCCUGGUCAAGCGUUGUGGGAUAUGACACCAGCUACGGAUGCUCCUAUCUCCCCACCGCGCUUCCCUGCUGUCAGAGACUUAGAGUUCUCAAUCUUCGGCCAGUCACCGGUGCUAUCACCAAUUUCAGCUUCCCUUUCAACUCCCAGGAACGUAUUUCGAAGUCCUUUGCUGUCAGGCAAUCGAGAACAUCGGAGAUCACUAAGUCCAUUCAGAGCCAGCCCACAACAGGAGGCUCAUCCUGAGAGCAACUACCAAACCCCGCCAUCGUCUUCAGGGGCCGAUCAAAGACCUCAGGCUCAGAGAUCCAGCGAAAAAGGCAAUUUCCGGGGCGGUCUUCGACAGUUUCGACAGGGCAAGCUGUUUUCAGGGAAAGGUUGUGGAUCGAAUCGCCCGAAGGGUGAUUCUGGAGGAUCUGUACCAAGAUUUCAUAAUCCUGAGCCUCACGGCUCUGAUAGCUUGAUGCCACACCUCGGAUCCCAAGAAAUCCGGGGGAGACAGCCUUUGAGGCAGCUGUCGCCAUCGCAACAAAACGGUCGGGAUGAAGUUCCUUCAUAUCUCUUAGUCCGCGGGAGACAAAGCUUACGCAGCGAACCUUCUGGGAGAUCUUUUGCCACUGCCACCGCCCCCUUUUCCUCGAUUAUUUCUCUAGGAGCUCCAAUGCAGCCAGAGAUCACUACACGGGCUCUGUUGCAGCAAGAAGCCUCCCGCAUAGACGACGAUAUUCCCAAUCACGAAAUGAGUUUCCGUGCUGCCAUGAGAAACAAAAGUCGUUCAAAGUCUCGGAGACGUUCGAAGCGGCUCAAGAGCAGCAUGUUGGCCCUGGAGACUGCUACUCAGGAUACAUUAGGGCUUGAGACAUGGAUAGAGAAUUUCGACUUCAAGCCUCUGCGGGCCCUCGAAGAGCAACUUUCGGCGGUUGAUGAUUAUCUCUUGACUGGUAAAAUUCACGAGGGACUCUCGAUAAGCCACGACACCAUGGGUGCGCUCGAGGCUCAACUCAAGUCAAUUCUUUAUGAACGCCUGGUAGAUGAUAGCGGUCAAAGAUGUAACUGCGAGAUCGACUUGCGUCGAGCGAUGGCGAGAGAGCAGGCGUGAGCAUGGCGUGAGAAUUACCCAUGUCAUUUAUUAUAGACAAGGCAUGUAUCAUAAGGGCUAUCAAUCUUGCUGGAUAUCUUGCUUGGCUGAAUAUGAAGAUGUAUACAGCAUCUUGUCCUUUUCUUUGCUUGGUGGGAGGGCUUCGACAAAUGAACCCUAAUAAUUUGGGUGGGACAUAUGACAAUUUCAUGGCGGUAAAAAGAAAUCAGAGAUAUGCCUCAUUGCUAAAGGAUUUAAGAAACUAGCUUAAUAACACAACUCAAGGAA